GCGCUCGUUACGGGAGCUCGAGACUGGAGCAGCACUACGUGUCACAUCUGGACACAGCAUCACCUCGGCUCGUGCUGCCAUGAGGAGCUCCGGUGCCGCUGCGCACAGAGCAUGAUCACUCCGCUGGACUGCCUCUGAUCCUCCCACCGGUCCAGAUGCCUCCGCUGCCCCUGGACGAGCGCAUAGUGGUCAUCCAGCGCCCUAAGACCUUGGCCCUGUGUGAAUCAUCCCCACAAACCGUCCAGCAGCACUCCUCGCACAUCUCCGCCUCUGCUAACGGACAGAUCUCACAUUCUUCUCAGUUCCAUCCACCCCAGUCCAGCUUCUACUCCUCAGCCUGCAAGUCUCUCAGUUUGGAAUGCAAGCGGAGAGGAUCCCGAGUGCAGAAAUUCCCGGGGAACCAGUCUGUGGUGCCGGCGGGGGUCAGACACACCCCUAGCCACUGUCAUAGCAACGGCACAGUCACUCUACCAUCCCACACGCAUACUAUUGACAUCAGAGUGACAGUAGACAAAGGGGGGAGAGGGGCGGGGCAUAGUAACUCAUUACGGGGUAGUGCCAAAGGUAGCAGAGGGAAAUGCGUCUUGUCACAAGCUGAUCAAGAACAAUGUAACAGGAAGUCACAGGUAGCAACAGGGAGAUCAGAUGGAUCUGAAAGAUCACAGAGAAGUCACCAAAGACAAUUGAGUUUAUCUCCUGGAGGGGGUCUGCAGUUUGUCCCAGCGCAAUCCCAGACAAAAUUCAGGGGUGAAAAGGAAAGCAGCAGCUACCAGCUCCGAAACAAUCAGGAGUAUUCUUCUUUGGGACACAAGAAAAGCUCCAAACUGGGAACGGUCCAUCAAAGCCAUAACACUCACAGUCUACCUUACCAGCACAGCUCCGUCCCCGUGCCCCAUGCUUCAAUCCUAAACUCAAAUUUCACCCCUUCUCCUCCCUCCCAACCUCCCCCUCCUCCCCCUGCUCCGAACCCAUUUCAACAACUCAGCCAACCUCGCCCAUCCCGACCUAGAGACCCCCGCCCACACAUUCUCCAUGGGUUACCCCUGUCCCCCUGCUCCUCGCACAAUGGCACCUUCCCAAGUCCGGACCAUACCUGCACCAUCGACUGCACCCAUCCGUUUAGCUGCGGUUGCUGGCGGUUGCUAAGAUGCAGAGGGUGUAAAGGCCGAUCGUCGAGUUGUCACGGAGGAGGAGGGAGCACGUCUACCUCGUUUUCCUGUGUUCAUAAUGCUGCCGCUGUCAAAAGAGGAAGCAAAGAUAUGAAACAUUUAGCUGGCUGUUUAUCCACUGCUUCAACUUCCAACACCUCUUCUUCUAAUAGCACUGUGUCAGAUUGUCGAGGAAAAAUGUUUAAACCUUGUGCGUCUUGUUCUGGAGAAGCAAGCACCUAUGAAAGUCCUGCUAUACUUCGGAAAAGACUGGUUGGAGGGUGCUUGCCUUGUAACCCACUGUCAUCUUCUGGUCCGAUCCGAGUGCUGCAAAGCUGCGUAACAGGUUGCAAUCCCAAAACUUCCCAAACAGGCAGCUCCACGUGCAGUUAUUGCAGCAGUGAUCCAAUAGUUGUAACUUACAAUCCUCGUAGGGCCAAACCCCCAGCAGCAAGAGCGAUUGGAGGAGCUCAGUCUAUGGGAAUGUAUGAUGAUGAUGACUACAAUGUCCGCAAUAUCUGGCCCGAAGAACUGGCCAAAAAGAUGGCACAUUCAAAAUCACAAAAUCUCCGUCCCAGCAUAGGAAUGGGAAACACCUGUCCAAAUCAAACUCAAAAUAUCACCAAUGGAACAAGCUUGCUUUUGGACUGUCAGAACCUACCAGAUUACGGUACAGAUUAUGCAGGGAGACGCAGGUUUCAACAAGGAAAAAUGUCCACCACUUUUGAUUUCAAAAGUUACAGAUUGGGGUAUAAUGAUGGUCACAACUCACUGAAUAGACUGAUUACUAAGGAAGAUACAGGACUCAGGGAGCAUCUCGAAAAUGACCAAGACACAGCAUAUCCUCGAUCUCCUCCUCGCCCUAACUCUCCCCCGUCACCUGUGUCUUUCUCGCCCCCACCCUCUGCACCCAGCACCCUCAUCAAACCCAAACCAAGGCCUCGAGAUGGGGGCCACUCUCUCCCCUCUGCACAGUCAUUGCACCUGGCCUUGAACUCUUUCAACAGAGGGCAAGACGAAGAGAACGGCAGAAGGCACCUCACCCUGCCCCUCUCCUCCUCGCUGCCAGCAUCCCUGUCCGAUGAGAGCGUGAUGACUCCAGAUGCAGAGAAUGCUGUCAUUAGUCCCAUCCUGCCUUUCCUUUAUCUUGGGAACGAAAGAGAUGCCCAGGAUUUGGAUCUGCUGCUGCGUCUUAACAUCGGCUUCGUAGUAAAUGUCACCACUCACCUGCCCCUCUAUCACCAGAAGGCCGGUCUGCGCUACAAGAGGCUGCCCGCUACUGACAACAGCAAGCAGAACCUUCGCCAGUACUUCGAGGAGGUCUUUGAGUUCAUUGAGGAGGCAUAUCAGAGUGGGCAGGGGGUCCUGGUGCACUGUCAGGCGGGCGUGUCCCGUUCUGCCACAGUGGUCAUUGCUUACCUUAUGAAGCACACCCUCAUGACUAUGACCGAUGCCUACAAAUACGUACGGAGCCGACGUCCAGUGGUCUCCCCCAAUCUCAACUUCAUGGGUCAGCUGCUGGAGUUUGAGCGGGACCUGAACUCCGGAGUGACCCCUCGAAUCCUCAUGCCCAAACUGAACGGAGUGGAGACACAGGUGUGACCAAGAAGGCACAAAAAGGGUCGGACCAAUGUUCCCACAGCACAAUAUUCCCACAGCUCCAUGUUUGUUAGAAAAGUCUGAAACGGGUUCUUUGCUCCCACAUUUUAUGGACAUUUAAGCACUUUGUGUUAUAGUUGGCACUUUGAUCCAUGGCUGUAGUAAUAGUCUGAACCUUCUUAUAGAAUUUUGAUUAGAGUGGGACUAAAUACCUUCACACAAUCACAUUGCUAAUACAGCUGGUAAACUGUGCAGUACCUGGAGGACUAAAGUGUACUGUCCAGUUUGGGCCUGGAUAUAUGAGGAACAGUGUGAUUGGUCUAACAGGUAUUACUUCAAACUCUGCCCCUGUAGCUCUUUCUGAUUACAAAGACCUGGCUGUAAUCAGGAGUCUUGUGUGAUGCUAUGUAGUACUUGAAAUUGCAGUGGUCAGUGAAGGCAGCACACACUCAGUUUUUGAACACAAAGCUGCAAAUGUACUUUUCAAUAAAAUUACCCAAAAAAGACUUAGGAAGAAUAGACACAUACACAGUUUAGUGGCAAAAAAAAGGAUGUAUCGUUUAGUUACACUUUAAGUUUUGGGUCUUUUUGUACGAUAAUGUUUUUUUUUUUGAGAUUAUGGCUAAGGUUAGGAUCUGGGUGAGGGUGGGGUUUAUUUAAUUACUUUGUAAAAUAUCUUUUAAAAGUGAGGAAACAGGACUGUAGGAACAUAAAGCUGUGGGAACAUAGGUUUGCUCUUGAGUGUAGGUUAGAGAUCUACAAAAAAGCCAGAUUUUAUAAGAAACACAACAAGACGGUGGCCUGUUCAGUAAAUAGUGCACUUUUAAUACUGUGAAACUGGUUGGAUCGAUAGCUGACAAACGAAUCUUAUUCCCAUUACACUGUUUUUUAUGAUAUUGUGCCAAUGUUUUAUAUAGUCCUUCAGGCAUCAAAUAGCUCUUCCAUUUUCUUUCGCAUUUCAAGCUUCACAAUUGCAUGAAGAAACUAAACAUUGAGAGAGUUUACGGUUUCACUCAUAAAAAAACAAAAAAAACAAACAGCAUAUGUAGCAACACACAAGCUUCCCAAAGCACUUUACUGCCCAUCUGGUUUGUAGCUCAACGGACAGCCUUUAAUCAUGGUUGUAUCCAGUUUGUCCUUGCGAUACGUGUCACAGAGAAAAUAGGACCUAUGCUGAAGAUCUGAAUGGCAUUUAGUUCAGGAUAAGCAAACAGCCUUCAGAAAGCUAACCGGUAGCAUACUGGUAGUACAUGGCUUAAAAUACUACUAAAACAUAAUGGCAGUUUUAACCGUACGCUUCGAUAGAUACUUUGCACUGACAUCACGCUGGGUUUUUUUUUUUCUUUCUUUGCAGUUUCCAAGAUUGUCUUAAAACUCAAGAACAAAAUACAAAUGGAUUUAAGCAGCACAUUAUCAGGAGCCUAUGAUCAAUAUGAGUGUUCAUGGUCCAAUAUGGUUAGUGGGGCUAACGCUAAUUAAUGCUAGGCUAAUGCUAGCCAGCUUGUGAUUAAUUUUGUGUGUGAGAGACUUGUUUAAGCUUACAGAUCAUCUCACCAGUUGUAGUUCCAACAAAGUCCAUUCUUUCAGGUCAGAUUGUGUUAAAAUAAAGCUCAGAUUAAAGUCUAACUUGAGUAAUAGAGCAUUUAACAGUCUCGUGCUUUCAGUUAGCUUCACACCCCCAGGGAAUGUUGAUGGCAUCAGCUGCAAAGUAUCAAUAUCGUGCUUAUACAGACCACUUUAAACUGUGCUCACUUAAGUUUACAAUUUAAAGACCAAUCCUGAGCUUGUUCUAGUUUGGUUUAGAGCAUGAGAUGAGUAGGAAUAGGAAACGAUUUUACAAAACACAUUAUUUUAUUAGUUUGCCUUAUGAUCCUCCUUCCUUUUUCAUUCACGACUAUGCAUUACCCUGACUCUAAAGGCAUUUGUUUGACUGAAGUUAAAUUAACUCACUGUGAGGUUUUUUAUAUUGUUAAUGCAGGCCUCAAAUCCUCUGCUUUGUUGGUUCCUCAAUACAGGAAAUACACUGCAAGUAUGAUCAUUUUAUUAGGUUAAAAUGUAAUGUAAGUACAUUAAUUUAUUGUUAUUAUUUGAUUUUGCAGUUAUUGUGUUGUUGGAAAAGAUCAUUUUGCACAUUUUUCUAACUGAUGCCAUACCACACUUAAAUUAUUAAAAUGGUAUAUAGCCACUUACUUGUGGUUAUAAUAACUAUACCUAAUGUAUAAUGAAAAAAGACUUAAUUUAUAAUGGGCAAAUAGUUUACAACAAAUGAUUCAGGCUUAGU